AUGGCCCAUGCUCCGGCCUUCCUACGGACGAACACGGCCCCCGUAUUCCCAGCCGACAACAAGUACGGAUCCAUGUCAGUAGCAUCCACCAUGAGCAGCCUCCGGACAAGUCAAUUGUCCGGGUCUACUGCCCUCAACUCCUCGAACACUUCCCUCACCUCUAUGUCGGCAUCUACAAUCGUCCAGCCGGCGCCCGCCGGCAACGUGGUGGCCACCUCGAAUAUCAUCAACCAGAAGGCCGACGCCUCGAGGUCGCUAUACCAGAUCUGCAUCACCUUGAAGCAGCGACUAUGUCGCGUUCCUAACUUCGAGGCUCAGUUCGAGAGCCAAGCCGCCUCUGCCACCGAGGAUGGCCCUGUCGAGUCGCUAUGGAACCUGCUGCGUACGGGUCUUCCGCUCUUGGCUAUAUAUAAUUGUCUGCAGCCCGAUAGCCCGCUAGAGAUCGAUCCGGCCGCCACCGAGACGAGGCGAUCCAAGAUAGCCAUCUUCAAGUUCGUCGAAGCCUGCAUGAAACAGCUCAACAUCCCCGCGUCCGAGUGCUUCGUGAUUAGCGAUCUGAUGGGAAACGAUACUACCGGGUUUGUUAAGGUGACCCAAGUUGUAAACCACGUCCUCGACCUCGCCGAACAACGAAACUUCCUACUCCAGAUUCAGCCUUACCCCGAGGAUAACGGCCCAAUAUUAGCACCAGCGUCUCAGAUGACAUACCGCGAUCACAUCAUCCAGGAACUCGUCGACACCGAGCGCAAAUAUGUCCAAGAUCUCGAGAAUCUCCACGAUUUCAAGAAGACAUUAGAGCAGAAGGGCGUGAUUCCCGGUGAUAUCAUCCACCAGAUAUUCUUGAACAUCAAUGCCAUCUUGGAUUUCCAGAGACGAUUCCUGAUUCGUGUCGAGACUACCAACUCGAUGCCACGAGACGGUCAACGAUGGGGUGCCCCCUUCGUCACCUACGAGAGCGGGUUUGAAAUCUACCAGCCCUUCAUUGCGAACCAGCGGAAGGCGGGUCAGAUAGCUAGCCAGGUCUUCGACAAGAUCCAGGGCACCGACCACCCUGUGUCCUUCGAUUUUAAUACGCUCGAUAGCUUCCUCCUAAAGCCCAUGCAGAGACUAGUCAAGUAUCCUCUAUUACUCAAGGGCCUAGUAAAAAAGUGCGAAGACGAAGAGACCAAGUCCGAUCUGAUAGCGGGUAUCGACGCAGCGGAGCGAGUCCUUACAAAGGCUAACGAAGCAGUCAACCACGACCUUCUAGAGGAGGCACUGGAAGACCUUAAAAAAAGGGUGGAUGACUGGAAGAAUCAUCGCGUAGAGCAGUUUGGAAGGCUAAUAUUGCAUGGCAUAUACACCGUCAUUACCGGCCGCAGUGACCAGGAGAAGGACUACGAGAUAUACCUAUUCGAGAACAUUCUCCUCUGUUGCAAGGAGGUGCAGCCGAAUAAGACGAAGGAUAAGAAGGACAAGAACAAGAUUGCCCCCAAGAUUCCGAACAAGAACAAUAAACUUCAGCUUAAGGGGCGGAUAUUUAUGACUAAUGUGACGGAAAUCUUGUCGUUCGCGAAACCAGGCUCGUAUACCGUACAGAUUUGGUGGAAGGGCGAUCCCGGGGUGGAAAACUUUAUUAUUAAGUUCUCGAACGAGGAGACGAUGAAGAAAUGGGAAACGGGGCUGGUCACCCAGAAGAGGGAAAAUGCGCCGGCUUCGACCACCAGUCCUGACCAACCCACUCCAGACUUCGCCUGGAUGCGAGGCCAGAACAAUAUCGAGAAUCCCUACGCCCAGAACGAUGAAGAUGACGACGACGACGACGAGCAACCGCAGGGGCAACCUCCGUCGAGCCUCGGCUUCGGGGGCUCUGCGACUGGCGGGGUGAUGAAUCGAAAUCCGUCCAGCACGAGUCUCAGGACACGAUCUGCGACUACAGAGAGCCUCGCCAGCAUCGCUCGAGCGCCACCGCCGCGGUUCCCCCUUCCGGCGCCGUCCGGGCCGUUGAGCCUCCAGACCCAAGGGGGUGCCCAGUCGCCUAAUCUUCGUCCUGGCGAGUCUUAUUUCUCUCCGACGACAGAAUCCCCCGCGUCCUCGCGCACAAGCACAGCAAGCACCUUGUUUGCGCCACCCGGUCAGUAUCCCUUCCCAAGGACUGGAACACCCCAAGCAGGUCGGGAAGACAACAACCGUUAUACUGCACCUGCUAUGCCGCGCGCUCCCUCGAGAGAUGGCCCAUCCCCCUUGAACGGAAGGAAUCCUAGAGGACCUUCGUUACCCGUUAUGGCUUCACAAUCGCAAACCCUGGCUCAACAGCAACGUAGUCGCUCCUAUAGCACCCCAGACAUCAAUGGGCAGGCGAACGGGCGUAGAACCAAUAAUAGCACGCCAGUCCCCGCCGUCCCCGGAAUCCCACCUCACCUUCACCCUGCACACGAUGCAAACAUUCCACGGUCUCAAACCGGCUCCCCCAGACAGGACCUCCCGAUCCGUACUAAUACCCAGAGUCCAGGUGUUCAACGUGAAAGGUCAGACCGGCAAACCGGUCAAUACGGUGGAACUAUGGCCCAGUUCCCCACGCAGCCUGUCUACCCCCGGCAGUCACAUCCCGUCCCGCCCGGGGCAGCCCCGGGAGGAACGGCACCCCAGCCACCGAGCCUUGAGAACCGCGGCCCUGGGUCGCCUCCCCUGGGCACUGCCACGCAAGGCAAUCCUCUCACAAAUCCAGACUUAGCGAUUCCCGCGCAGCUAAAGGUCAAGGUGAAUUGCGAUAACGGGACCUACUUCACACUAGUCGUUCCGUUCAACAUCGCGUACCAGUCGCUGAUCGACCGCAUCGAUGCCAAGCUUGCACGAUUCACGAACAGCUCGAUUGGUAAGGGCAAUUUGAAGCUGCGGUACCGUGACGAGGACGGAGAUUCCGUAACGAUCGAGAGCGACGACGAUAUUCAGAUCGCGUUCCUAGAGUGGCGCGAGAGCGCACGCAACAUGUACUCCAGCGGCGUCGGUGAGAUCGAACUCUUCUGCGUCGGAGAAACAGCGUGA